AUGCCUCAGAUCAAACCCCGCAUUAACAAGACACAAACGGGCGUCGAAACAGGCGUAAAACAUUCCCUGAACCCAUUCGAUGAGCUCUCGUUAGAAGAAGCCGCGGAUCUGCGCAGACGUAAAGGCCCUAUGGAAGUCGAAGAUAUCCUUGCGCUUUCCGCGGGCGGACCCAAAUGCCAGGAUAUUCUCCGCACCGCAAUGGCCAUGGGCGCCGACCGAGCUAUACUGGUCGACGUUCCUGAGGGCAAGAGUGGCUCCGACGAUGGUGGGCUGGAGCCGCUGACUGUUGCGAAGCUGUUGAAGAAGGUUGUCGAGAAGGAAAACAUCAACCUGGUUUUCCUAGGGAAGCAGGCAAUCGAUGGAGAUCAAGGUCAGACGGGCCAGAUGCUUGCUGGGUUGUUGGGCUGGCCUCAAGCGACGCAGGCCAGCAAGGUUACUGUGAAGGAUGCGGAAGGCUCCGUUGAAGUUACAAGGGAGGUCGACGGUGGUGUGGAAACGCUAAAGGCAAAAUUGCCAAUGGUCAUUACGACGGAUUUGAGAUUAAACGAGCCGAAAUAUGCCACCUUGCCUAAUAUCAUGAAAGCGAAGAAGAAGCCACUGGAGAAGAAGACUUUGGGAGAUUUCGAACUUGACAACACGAAGAGGUUGAAGACAUUGAAGGUUACAGAACCCCCGGCGAGACAAGGCGGAGGGAAAGUCGAGGAUGUUGAUGGCCUCAUUAGCCGCUUGAAGGAGCUCGGUGCUCUGUGA